ACGGCGCUAACCACUUCGAAACACGAACGCGCGCAUUCUAAAUUUAAAUAGCGAACUUAUUAUUUUUUUAAGAAGGAAUCGAGUUUUAUAAGUGGCCAGUGCACUCGUUAUGGGCAGAUAACGGUUAUUCUAGUUUAAAAUUAAAUUAUUAACGUUGUCUAAGGAUAAAUUUGAUCAGUGAAUAUUAAUUUGAGGAUUUUUUAAAUUAUUUUCGUCUCGAAAGGCUGUGUUUUAGUUGUUAGUGCUUAGCAUAAGGUGUUAUGGCGAAUAUAUUAUACUUCAUCGCGUCAUGUGCGCUCCUGUGCCUGGUGGCGGCGUACCACGGGGCUGACCUUCCACCAGGGCCCUACUGCGGGAAGUUCAAUCAGUGCUGCGUCAACCGCGAGGACGACUGCUCACACCAAAUACUUGAUACAUUGUGUUACUGCGACGAACACUGCAACCGGACCCAUGACGACUGCUGCCCGGACUACGAGGAGGUUUGCUUGGGGAUCGCUCCGCCCCCCAAAGACGAGGACAUACCAGCGGCGAACCUGGUUAGAGCCUGCUACCCCGGACAGACCAAGACGGACAAGUGCAACAAAUGUACAUGCCAAUCCUUAUCAUCUGAAGAAACGGUCUGGUCGUGCGAGCAGGACGACUGCAUUAUUGAUGAUGAGAUCAUCACGCUGGUCAACCAGGGGUCUAGCUGGAGAGCAGCUAACUACACACAGUUCUACAGCAAGAAGCUUAAGGAGGGCAUCGUUUAUAAAUUGGGCACUCUACCACUAAGCAGAGAAACGCAACGUAUGGGGGCGAUCCACUACGACAAGGACAUUUCCUACCCACCCCACUUCGACGCUCGGAACCGCUGGCCAUCGUACAUCUCGCCGGUGGUCGACCAGGGGUGGUGCGGCUCCGACUGGGCCGUGGCUGUGGCUGGAGUCGCUUCUGAUAGGUUUGCAAUCCAGUCGAACGGAGCGGAGAGUAUGGUGCUGAGCCCCCAGACCUUACUGUCGUGUGACGUCAGAGGUCAGCUGGGAUGCGACGGUGGUUACAUCGACAGCGCUUGGCUGUUCGUCGGGAUGCACGGGUUGGUGGACGAGCAAUGCUUUCCCUACAAAGGAAUGAAGACUCCAUGCCCCUUCAAGAGGCGAGGAAACCUCAUCUCCGACGGCUGCAGGCCCGUGGUCCAGAAACGGACUUCUAGGUACAAGGUUGGACCUCCUGGCAAGUUGACAGCGGAGAAAGACAUCAUGUACGACAUCAUGGAGUCUGGACCUGUACAUGCUAUAAUGACGGUGUUCCAAGAUUUCUUCCAUUACCGAAGCGGAGUAUAUCGUCACAUUCCGAUUGGUAACGAACAGUACCAGGGCCUGCAUAGCGUCAGGAUCGUCGGCUGGGGAGAAGAGAGGGGCGACAAAUAUUGGAUUGUAGCGAACAGCUGGGGUGAGCAGUGGGGUGAGGAUGGUUACUUCCGCAUCGCCAAGGGUUCAAACGAAUCCGGCAUCGAGUCAUUCGUCAUCACCGUGCUUGCUGAAGUCACUGAAGCUUAUGACUAAAUUGUCAUACGUUGAUAUAUAAGUACUUACCGUAGAUUGAACAUCAGCGCUCAAAAAGUGGGACGCAAAGUUACUGUUAAUAUAACGACGUUGACAGUUCUUUAUUUCAGUGCGCGAUUAGGCGCCGAACUGGCAACAUGGGGAAGUGCGUGGUAAAAACUUGCAAAAAUAGACGCUCAAAGCGAAAAAAGAAGAAUGGAACAUCAUAAUAUUAUUUAUUUCUAAUAAGUAAUGACAUUGUGCAUGUUAUCAUAGCAUAUACAUUUUAAUUUUCGUAGUAAAACCCACUAAAAUUAUUAUUUUAGUUUAAAAUACACUAAAACAAGUACUCCCGGUCAAUCCGGGUUGCAGUAUAACCCGACCGCGUUACGAAGCAGCACGCGCUAAUAUACGUAAUUAGACGAUGCGUACCUACUUAAUUUAAUUUGACUCUCUGUGUACGAAUAUAUAGCUAAAACAUUCCGUAGUACGCGAACGCGAUAAUAAAUGGUAUGGUACGCUUUGUUUAUUAAUUAUUCCGAUAUAUAAUAACACUAUCGCGAAUGUUUUCCGACAAAACACCACUUCAAGUUAAUUAUUUAGAUUAUUCAAUGAAGAAAGCAACUAUGUCGUUCACGUUCCCGCCAAAAAGCCGUCAUAAAUUAUUUAAUAAGGUUAUACUACGCGUAAUGUCAAAAGUAGAUAUGGGCUGGCGAAUAUCCUUGUCGCUCUAUCUGUUUGACGUUAGCUAACGAAAUAUCACAUUCAUUCUGUGUAUUCUAUUCGUAAGUGUUAACGAAAGCGAAAGUCAUUUUCGCUAGGCCUUCAGCUUUUAAUUUAAAAAGUUUUUUUUUUAAAUUUAAAUACGUUUUUUAAUAUUAAUAUUAAGAUAAAAGGUCUCUGCUUAUAGUUUUUCGGUUUAUACCAGUAGUGAUUAUGUUUUAAACUAGUAUUUUAUGAUGUCUAACAUUGCUACUGCCUUAGCCUACUGCCAUAUUAUUAUUAAGUAUUCUGGUAAGCCCAUAAGAACACAAACAUAAAAUCGCGCCCCUGUUUCCUAAUGGGGCACGAAGAGCCAUAUGCAGCGCUGCAUUUAAGGCCUGUAGGUCCUCAGGCUACACCUGUCAUGGGGCCCUAAUUUUGAGGCCCUAAAUAGCUAGUAGUCGUAGUAGCUGUCCCUAUUAUAUAGGGCAUCCCCACCCAUAUUCAUCCAUAGCAUGCAGCCGUAGCAUGGAUACACUUUAAUAGUAAGGACACUGCCUGCUUUUCUUUUUCAUAUUGUUCUCUUUCAUUCUCUGCUGUUAUCUGCCUAAUGGUUAAGUAAUAAAGCUCUUUUACAUAAGUUUUGCGCAUUAUUACUGCCGGGAAUGUUCCCACUUUAGAACGGCACAUCACUGCGCGCGUUAGUAAUGGUUUAUUUAUCGCGUAGCGGGCUGCAUGCUACAGCUAUUGAUGAACAUAAAUUAUUUCGCAACUUUCGUGCAAGUUAAGCUAAGUACUUACAUAGUUUUUGUUAUUCGCUUUAUAUAUUUGAUUGUAUAUGAAAAUACAUAAUUAAUUACGAUAUAGGUAAUGUUAUUUCAAAAAAUAAAUAAGUUAAUAAAUAGGUAUUUAUUUGACAUUAAA